AUGCGAACAGGCACGGCGCCCUCGUCUUCCACACCUGCUCCUGUCCACAGGAACAACAGGUCCUGCGAGGAAGGCUGCCGUGGCAGACCAUAUACCGGUUCUAGCCUAGCACAGCACAUGCAACCUGGCCGCACAUCCAUGCAGCCAGCUCGCCUUCCGUCUCACGGCCAGCCCUACGCACUGUUCUCAUGCUUUGCCGCAGCCGCAUCAGCACCUUACUGCAGAGUCGUUGUUUGUAGCCGAACGAGGCUCGCCACGGACAUCGAGAAUCCCACACUCGCCAACAAAAGAGCAGAAGCAAUGCAGAAACCCUGUAAAGAUCUGGAGUAUAUCGGCUUUGAAACACUUGACCCCUCGGGCGAGAACUUGGCAGCAUGGCCGCCACAAGGCAUACCGUCUCGUGGAACAUCAACGAACCGCAGCCCAGGGUCGAAGCUCAAUUAUGAGCCGCAGGCAACAGCGCCAUACAGCGUCAAGCGAGGCGAGGUUGCCACUGACCUCUCUGAGACAUACGCGCACACAGUCGCAAACGAAGGCUUAAUUGCUCAUGGCUACGCGGCCUUUGAACCUUGGGAAAGUGAUUGCGCACGUCGAUCACAUCCACGUUGCCCGUCCCCUGUUCUGCUGCGGGACUGGCUCAGUUCUACGCCUACCGGCUAUGAUGUUGAAAUAGUGCAAUUUGGCCAACACGUGGUCCUUCAAAGACUCUCUUUUUUGGCCAAGAGAUCAGUGAAGGUUGCCACCCAACCCGCGACCAAGCUCGUUGUUAUCAAUCACGUCUCACCAGGGGAGUUGUUUCGGCAAUCGAAACGGGGCAACCUUGGUAGUUUGGGGUAUAUGACGAUAUGUAGUCGGUGCUUUGUCAAUCCGAUGCCGCGUCAGCAACGUGAACCCAUCAGACAGACUGAUGGGCUCAGCAAUGCGAUCUUGGACUCUUCACCAGGGACCAAACAAAUGAUUCUACGUUCUUCAUCUCCCGGGCCAAUUCGAAAACACACAGAGUCGGGCGAUUCGUGGCCCGUUGGACGUUGGGAGAUGGUAGCACAGGCUCUGCUUCAAGCAUGUGCAACAAAACUCGCAAGUUUGCACAGGACUGCGUUUACGCAGGUAGACUACGAAGCGAACAGCAGUCUAUCAUCGAUCCGAUGUAAUCAGACGUGGUCGCCGAGGUCAUGGGGAAAUGUAGUACAGGUUCACAAGGCUGUCACCGAGACGAACGCCGCCGCCGUAGUACGCCGUACCGUCCACAGGCGCGCUACUCUCGGCCUAUUUUUAGUGGCCGCUGCAAGCGACGCCACGGCCCCUGGCGACAAACACCUCCCCCUCCAUAGCCCUACAGCCCUACGACUCGUAGGAGUGAGCCUGGGACACAGCCAUUGGCCUGUCCGCUAUAAGCAAUGCGCGAACCCCUCAUCUAUGUACAGUGCACCGCCUACUCACCGACUGACAGGCAUGGAAUGCGCAGGACAGGACGGUGUCGUGGACACGGCGAGUUUUCGCCGUGCAUGCCUCUAUGAUGUUCGUCCCAGGAAGAGAGGGCUAUCUAUCACGACAUAUAGGAAUGGAGCGAAUGACGAUGACGACUAUUCCCGCGCUAGUCGCCUACCGCGAUGUCAUAUGUUUAUCGACGUUUUCGCUUCGACUGCUGGUAAAAUAUCUCCGGUGUGCAGUACCGUACACCCAGCACCCACAUGGGAUGGUCAGACCUCGUGGCAGUCUACUCCAAGGCAGACAUUUGCCAGCUGCAGGGCGUUGACCGUCGCCGCAGCCAGCCGUUUCAACUCGGCUCGAAACAUUCCCUCAACAGCUGGACCAUUCUCAGUACGGCGUGCACAGGUCGCGGCUCAAAAUGCUGAUCAUCAGGCCCUUGAUGGCUCCACUCUGGACUCUGCACAACGGUGA